AUGGCCCCCUUUCCUGUUCCCGCGAUAUACUCCAUGGAGUCCUUAAACAAGGACUCGCCAAUCCGUCAAGUAUAUCCAGAGGACAUUUAUCCAAACGGUGAUUACUAUCCUUCGCCCUACGGUCGAGUCAGAUAUUGGAUUGUUGGUCCAGAAGAGGGAAGGAAGGUCGUCCUCAUUCAUGGUAUUGCUUGCCCCAGCAUUGUCUGGAAGGACGUUCAGGCAGAGCUUGUGUCUAAUGGUUUCAGGGUCCUGAUGUACGAUGUCUACGGUCGCGGUUAUACGGAAGCACCUAGGCUGACCUGCGAUCCAAGUCUGUGCAUCGUACAGCUGGCACUGCUGAUGCAAUAUAUUCGUUGGAAUGUAGCUGACGUCGUGGGCUUUUCGAUGGGAGGCGCUAUCGCCGCUUCUUUCGCCGCCAUGUUCCCUCACCUUAUCGACAAGAACGUCGUCAUGCUAUCAGCCGCGGGCCUAAUAGAUACCAAGGAGUCGCAACCUGACAGCGGACAAUUGCCCGUACACCUCCGAGAGCUGCAAUCCCAACAUCUCCCGGGAUUCAAUGACAUCCUCGAAUCGUCCAGGAAAGACGGCCUCAUCACUGGCGCCAACUGGGCAUACAAGAAGCUAGGCAAGAUGACUGACAAACGCUUCCUGAUUGUUCACGUAAGCUGUUACACCUUCGCUGCUCCGAGCAACCCUGAGAUACCAGUUCAGGGCACUGCGGACAACAUCGUGCCAUACUCGGAGGCUUUCAAGAUUCAUAAACUCGUCCCGCAAGCGCAGUUGGUUCCCAUCGAAGGCGCGAGCCACUAUGUACCGCUGGAAGAAGGCUCUCGGGAAAAGUUCACCGCGGCCUUGGUCAAGUUCCUCUCGUGA